AUGUCGGCCCAGGAAGAGCAGAUUCCCAUCCAGGACGAGACGGUUCAGGACACCAACGUCGACGCUGGGGCGGAGGACGAGGUGGUCGCUAGCGGAUCGGAGGAGAAGCAGCUCCAGUCGGAGGCUUCGGAGCUCGACACGUCCAACAUCAUUGACGACUCGCCCGGUGUCUCGACCCGCGGUGCCAAGAUCGACGCUACCAAGCAGGAGCGUGAGAUCGACCAGGCCGUCGACGCUGCCGAGAAGGCUGACGAAUCUACCCAGUAG